UACAAAUUACCUCUCCGACGCGAAAUGUCGUUCAAGAAGGAUCUGAGGCUGCUCGUCAAGCCGUACUACUUGAUCAACAUCCUCCUCAGCGUCUCCUACAUCGUCUCCAAGCGCCUUCCCAUAGUCUGUAAUUAUAUAUUUGCUCAAGCCGACUGCGAGUUCGAUGGGAAGGAGACAGAAAUCCUCUUUUUCCUCAUAAUCGUCAUCAUGAUAAGAACGAGGAAGACCGGCAGCGUGACCAUGAUAAACUACUUGACGUCCAGCUUCGUGUACUCGAAAAUAGCGAACGUGCUCCUGUGGUUCUACGCGGACGUGCGGAUGGGCAUUCUGUUUGCACUGAUUUUUACACUGUGUGGAUUUGUGCUGCCGCAGCCGACGUAUCAGGGGCCCGAGAACGUGGUCUAUCUACAUGGAGCCAAUGGGCUGCAGGAGGAGCUGCAGCGCGACACCAGAGUGGUCUGGCUGGUGGCGUUCUACACCGCGUGGAAUCCGGCCUGCGUGACUUUCGCGCCGAUAUUUUCUGAGCUCUCUGCGGAGUACGCAUUGGAUAACUUCAAGUUCGGUAAAGUCGAUGUCGGAAGAUACCCGGACGCCGCGGCGAGGUAUCACAUCAGCGACGCCAGCACGAGCAAGCAGCUGCCGACGUUGAUACUCUUCAAAGACGGCAAGGAAGCGGAGCGACGUCCGUACGCGAAUCACAAAGGGAAGCUCGUCAAGUUUCUUUUCUCGCUGGACAACGUAAAGGCUGCGUUCGAUCUCAAUGACAUUAACAGCGACUGCAAGAAGAGAAUCGGAAAGAGGAAAGAGAAGAAGUCGUUGAAGGCGGAAUAAUGAAGCUAAGCUUAGGCACUUAAUGAGAGAACGCAGUGCGGGUAGAAAGUCCAACUAGCGCGUUAACUCGACCGAGAGAUUCUUGAUCUUGAUUCUAAAUUGAAGCUACAAGGAUUCGUGCGAAUAUUUUGUUGCAUGUUGCAAUAAUCUAUGCAGUGUUCUCAUAUAUUGUCUUAGUUUCGUUUACGUUCAGUCAUUUGUACAUAACAUGUAUAUUCUCACAGAUCUUUAUAGUAGCGUUUGCAUAUGGUGAGUGAAUGUAUAUACAUAUAUAUAUUAAUAUAAAGUUCAAAUAUGACAGAAAGCUUGUUAUGCAGUUAAUAACGUUACAUCGUUUCUCUUUAAAAUAACCUUGAUAUAUUUAUUGAAUAAAAACUGAUUAGUACGUACACUCUUCUAUUUUACUCUUGUAUUACAAAAAUAUUUAAUAUAUUUUCAAAAA